CAUUUCCAGUGCCGCGGCGUUUAUUUCGUUAGCUCAGUUUUUGUGAUUUUAAAGUGAAAAAAACAUGAUGAACCAAAUGGGAAUGCACAUGCAGCAGCCAGGAGUCGUUCCGGGAGGCCCUGGUGGACCAGUCGGAAUGCCAGGAGGCCCAGUUCCCGGGGUAGGCGUCUCACCCGUAAUGAUGCAGUCUCCUCAGAUGCAACAACAGCAGCAAGCAGCUCAACAGCAACAACAGGCUGCCCAAGCCCAGCAACAACAACAGCAGCAGCAGCAAGCCCAACAACCGGAAAAGGUGGACAACAUUUCCAAGGUUAAGGGUUUGGUGGGACCGCUGAGGGAUGCGCUUUUUACCACGAUCAAAAGUGCAGCCCAAUUGCUGCAACAGAACAAUCUGAACGAUGCCGGAACUAAGGGUGGAGAUAUGAGCACCGGAACACCACGGUUCGAUAAAAACCUCGAAGAAUUCUACUCCAUCUGUGAUCAAAUAGAACUGAACUUGAAAACUGCCCGACUGUGUAUGCAACAGGGAGCCUCCUCGCAGCAAUAUUUGCCGAUACCGGUCGCUCCAACCCAGCCAAACCCGGCGGAAUCCAAUGCCCUCUCCUACAGCCAAUACUUGGAUGUGGUCAAAAUACAGAUCGGUUACGCCAAGGACAUCCACGAUACCCUGAUAUGUGCCGCCCAGAACAUUUCGCCUAGCGAAUGAUAGACUUUAAGGAGUUAUUCGGAUGAUAUAUAAAAGCGAUCGGAAGAAUAGGAUCUUUUUUUUAAUUCAUAUACUUUCAGCUGCUACAUGUAUAAGAUGAUGCAAAUUCAAUUCAAUAUCAGUGGUUUUUAUCAGUGGUGUUUGCAUUUGAAACGGUAUGGCAAAACGAGCUACUAAACACUAGUGUUAAAAUAAAUAAGACACGUAUCUAAAACGAGAGAA